UAAUAUAGACACUAAAUGCUUUUUUUUCUUUUCAAUUUCAGUAAAAAGUCCCAGAAGUGGGAUGAAAUGAACAUCCUGGCAACAUAUCAUCCAGCUGAUAAAGACUAUGGUUUGAUGAAAAUAGAUGAGCCAAACACUCCUUACCACAAUAUGAUAGGUGAUGAUGAAGAUGCCUUUAGCGACUCAGAAGCUAAUGAAGUCAUGACUCCAGAUGUCUUAGCUAAGAAAUUAGCUGCUGCUGAAGGUGCAGAGCCGAAGUAUCGGUCUCGGGAACAUGAGAGCAGUGGAGAGGAAGAUAAUGACCUCUCCCCUGAAGAGAGAGAAAAGAAACGACAGUUUGAAAUGAAAAGGAAGCUUCACUACAACGAAGGACUGAAUAUUAAGUUAGCUAGACAGUUAAUUUCAAAAGACCUGCAUGAUGAUGACGAAGAUGAAGAGAUGUCUGAGACUGCAGAUGGAGACAGCAUGAAUAUUGAAGAGUCAAAUCAAGGAUCUACCGCAAGUGGCCAUCUGCAAAACAAAUCACAAAGUUCAUAAAAGAAAUGUGUUCAGCAAUGCAGUCGUUUGUCAAAUACAAACCUUGUUACUAUACAACAUUGCUUCUUGUUCUCUACAAUUUGUGACUUACGUACCAAAAUACACACCAGUUAUAUAUUGCCAAGAAUUAAGUGAUAACCAUAGAGACUGAUUAGACAGAAAAUGCCUAAUUAAUGCAUAUAUUCUUGUGCCUCAUACUUCAGCAGAAAUACAGUGUAAUGUCAUUAGUCCAAAACUGCUUUACUUUUGUAAGAACACUGGUUAAUUUGUAUAUGAUAUUAUAUAGCUUUUUAUGCUUUAGAGAAUAAAUAAUGUCAUUGGGGGAAACUAAUUUAUUUUUGUCACUUCUAGAUGAUGAUACCUCUUAUAAAAUGUUUGGAGGGUAGUUUGAUGUUUUUUCUCUUUUAAUCAAAAGCUUAUUGGUACAGUGGGAUAUAUAGGUGGAAAAUAUUAAGCAGAAAGAUAUUUUUUUUAACAUUUAUCUUUAGCUUGUUUUGGCUAAUUGAGCAGGAGUCCAAGAGUUAACUGUUCUUUUUCUGAUUGAUGACCUUUAAAAUUCCUGUUGAUUUUCUUUGUUCUAGAAAGGAAAGGAAUGAAUUUUUUUUCAUCCAAACUGGUUUCCCCCACUCCCAACCACACUGAAAUGAAUUACCGGGUUAAGGUUGCACUGACAUCUGCCCUGCUUGUUUUGUUACACUGGUCAGGCUUCAGUUGAGGUUUGUAAUGCCAUGUGCUAUUUCAGCGCUCCUUUAUUUAUGUACCUGUCUUAACCUGCUCUAGUUCCCUAUUCCCCUCUGCCUUUACACAUACAAUUGUAAAGAUUGUAUCACAGAUGGCAAAGGCCGUUGGCCAUGAGGAACUGGUCUUCCCUCACAUAUUCUGUCAUUUGCUGCAGUAAUGAAUUCUUAUUAAUUAUGUUGACACCUGCUAGUUCUAAACAUGAAGGAAAUAGAUGAAGUAUUCACGACAGGAAGGAUAGCUAAGCAGCCUGAUCUCCCUGUGCCUCUCUGAUUGACAGCUUGGUCAGGAAAUUUGCUACUAUUACUGCAUUUGACUUCAGAUUUAGGAAACAAUUAACUGAGGCUCUUUUGCACGGUGAAAGAGUUGUAUGUAAUCAGAAUUUGAUCGUUCCUGGAUGUACAGAGAGAAUUAUGCCUGAACAGUUUUACGUUUAGAGAUUCUGAGGAGUCAUUGCUUUAAGGGAAUGUGAUAAUGCACACUAUAACAAAUGAACUUGAUUCCUCUAACGUGAUAGAAAUUAUUUUGAUUUUUUUUUUCCCCUGAGAGGAAAAGUGUAGUUCCUGUGUGUCUUAGUUUAGUGAUGAUUUCCUUUGUAGUCAUUUAUUUGUAUUGUAAGUUUUUGGUAGCACCAAAUAAAUCUGUUAUAUGACAGACUUUUAAAAUAACUUCUGUAUAUUAUAUAUAUGAAAUGGCUUUUAUUGAACAGCUAUCUUCCACUUUAAAUUUAUGGAACUAUCAUGAUGUCAAAAUAAAGUGGGAAGAGCCUUUGCUGUUAGAAGAAUGUGCUUAUUUGGAAUGUCUUUUUUUUUUUAUGGGAUCGAACCAGAGUAGCUCUGAAAUGUUAGUACCAUAUUUUAACCAAACAUUUUAGCUAGUGAACCACUGAUGUACACACUCAGCAAUGUAUACCUCAUCUUUGUAAAUUAAGCCCGUUUGUGGGGUGUGGAAAUACAGUCUGUAUAUAUGUAUGUGAAUA